UUCUAAAAGAAAAUUCUCAGAUAUCUUUAAAGUACAUAUAACAGAUGAAAUAAUAAUAAAAAAAACAGACUUUAUAAGAAGCAUAAUUAAAUUUUGUAGACUCCUGUAUUCCUGUUUAUUAAUUUCGGUUUUAAAAGAAAAAUUUCGAUGACGGAAGAGUUGUUAAAGCUGACUGGUGUUUAUUAAUAUCUUCUAUAUCCAGUGUGUUACGUUUCAUUGUGGAUUAUUAUAAGCAUAACUGGCCGAAGAAUUAUAUAAUAAAUUGUUGACACAUCAAGAUUAACGCCUCCAUAACCAGCCGCAAUAAAUAUAAACGUUGCGAUACGCGAUGGCAUGAAAAUUUACCUGUCGAUAUUCAUAUCGUUCUCGAACAAAAAAAAUGAUAUAUAUUUCACAAAUUUCUGUUUUGAAAAUUAAAUAAUUCCUCUCAUAAUCUUUAUGAAAUCUUUGCUCCUUUCACAGUUUCUGUCUCCAUCUUAAUAUCAAAAGUUUACGCGAAUAGAUGAUUUAAACCAAAAUAAAAUAAUGCAAAAUAAAAUUUUUGUGUAAACAGUUUUUUUCGAACGAAGCUUUCGAAAAGCUACGUGUAACAGGAGGUAAAUUUAUCUCGCGCGCCGUCAUUCGCGUCUGGCAAUGAGAUUUUUAUCAGCGAAACGAAAUUCUAUGCGUAACAAAAUUGGUGACACCGGUCCUUCUCCCCUAGGAAUAGUUUACACGUCUUCUUUACAGCCUCGUAAAAUCUACGGGCAUUACGUGGAGCGGGGUAACGCCAGAACAGAGAGUGGCUUUGUCUCGCAGCUCUCGAAAGCCGCGCGCGGACGUAAACGUAUUCGACGGAAUCACAAUGUGCAACGCAUUGAGUUUCUCGCAGGCGAAGAAAUAAAGAAAGGAAGGAAAUCUCGCCGACGCGUUAAAAAUCCCCGUCCCGGUUUACGGUUUAUGUUUUCCCUUGUUUAUUGUUCGGCGCAGCGCGUUCGAUAGCGAGCGCAAUUAACGUUUCGAUAAUCCAAGAUAGAUUCCUGGAACAAAGAUUUCCUUCGAAUCGGAAGUUCGCGACACAAUUGGGAGACUCCGAAUUGGGGUGAAAUUUGCUAUAAGGCGAUACACAUUCGCACGCGCAGCGACGUCGUUGAUUCUCCGAUUCGGCAACGCCGAUAUCUUCAUCCGCGGAUGCGUUGCCCAGAUUUCCGGAAGUGGUGGUCCUGCGGUGGUCGGGAUCAAAGAGACCGCGAGCCACAGCUGGUGCACGCUCCCGUCCCAGGAGACCGGAUAGGUGAAGACGACUUAAGCGUUCGGACAUGUGUAGAAACAUGAAACUCGACACUUCCUACACAGCCCACCGGGCAUCAUGUCCGAUCGAUAUUAAUGGCGUGAUCUAUGAUAUCGGGAUCCGCUCGGGUUGCGGACGCAAACCGACAAAUCACGAGUCUCCGCCCCAGAAGUGACGCGGGACGUCCGACGUAAUCCCGAAAGCGACGAACUUGUUUCAGGUCGAGUUAGAAAAUAAACAUUGUAACAAUUGAACGAAAUUCCAAAUAAUAUUAAUGAUUCUUUGAAGUAACAAUAGACCGAUGUCAUUAACGUAAUAAAGAUUUAUGUCAAUUUUUGACUCGUCACAGAUAGCGUUGCAACAUUAACAGUUAUCUCUAAUAACAAUUACGAAAAUGAUUCAUUUUACGCCUUUUUCAGCCUCUGACGACGACUGACAUUUGACUGUUGCUGACGAUACCUUAUUCUCCAGUGUAAUAUAUGAUACUUGAGAUAUGUAUAUUGAGAAUACGAUUGGUGAAACACGAGUUGAAAGAAGACAUGGAUAUAAUAACAAUUUAAAGGACUCUACACCCGUGCACAAAUGAGCGAAGUGCAUUUGUGACUUGAUAAUCCCGCGAAGUCUACGAAUCAGCAUACCGUGUAAUGACUCAGACAUUGAUAUCUUAAGCACAACGAAGAUUGUUGUGUCAUCUUAGCUCGCUUAGCUGACUCCGGUGGACGGUGAUGCGGAAAACGUAUUCGUAUCGAAUCUAAAAACCAUCCGAAUCUGAACCAAUAGCUGUUAUUCUUUUUUACAGUUUAAUCGUCUGAAAAAACACAUUUCUUUUUACGUGUUAUUCUGACGCUAAACAUGUGAAAUCGGAAAGCGGAUUCGCUUUUAGGAAUGCCCAUCUUUCUAAAUUUCGAUUUUUAACACAGAAAAUCUUAUUAACUCAAGUGUAUGAUUGUCGAUAUAAUUGAUACAAUAUAUAAUCAAGAUUUCCUUCACCGAACAUCUUGUUUUUACUAUUAUUUUUUAGAAGUAAGAUCUGCUAACCGGUCAUCGCUCAGUUGUAUCUUGAUUCUAGACGCGUCCGCAUACAGUGACACGCGCAAGCGGCGUAAGCGCGAUGAUGACACCGAUGCUCGUCUUUUAAACGGGUACCGCCCCGAUUUGAGUGAGAACUACUCCCCGUACGCGUAAAUCCCACAUGACUGAAAAGAAGCCGAUGGUGGGGGGAUACGCGAUGUCGGGAUGUCGAGGAGGCAAGACCGAAGUUUAGUUUUGCUUAAGACAACCUUAAGUUGCAUCGCUCCUCUCGCGUACACCCCGACCCGACCGACGAACUCUCCCCGCGACCCAUCAGGCCAUGAUACGGACCGGUCGGCUUCGGAAAACCGGUCGCUUCGCGCCUACGAUUGACCAUGCAUGCGCCACCGUGCGUGACCAACGCUCUGGGUCUAAAUAAAACGUCCAGUGCAAUCACCAACGUCAUGAAACGCGACAGUCCUCCCCCAGACACGCUGGAUCUGAGCUCAAAUCAUUAUCACCAUCAUCGUCAUCAUAUUCAUCAUCAUCUCAUCAAUAACAGCAACAAUUCGAACGCCAUCGUUAGCUCUACUACGCCCGCUGGUUCGCAGGAAACCGUGAUGAAAGAGAAAAGUAAAAACGCAGCGCGAUCGCGCCGCGUUAAAGAGAAUCAAGAAUUUCUCGAGCUGGCGAAGCUGUUACCACUUCCAGCCGCCAUUACAACGCAACUGGACAAGGCCAGCAUCAUCAGGCUGACCACCAGUUAUCUCAAGAUGAGAGCUGUUUUUCCUCAUGGUCUCGGAGAUGAAUGGGGUGCCGCGCCACCACCCAACAAUCCCUUAGAGACCACCAUCAAGGAACUGGGCUCCCAUCUUUUACAAACACUGGAUGGCUUCAUUUUCGUCGUGGCACCGGAUGGGAAAAUUAUGUACAUAAGCGAGACCGCUAGCGUGCACUUAGGUUUGUCGCAGGUGGAACUAACGGGAAACAGUAUAUUCGAAUACAUUUAUCCGGAAGAUCGCGACGAGAUGAUUUCCGUGCUGAAUCUUCCGCCCGCAAACCUCCCAGGUUUCACAUACCCACCACCGAAUUCGCGAGGUGAAAUUGAGCUGGAACGUGCCUUUCUCCUCAGAAUGAAGUGCAUCCUGGCGAAAAGGAACGCAGGUCUUGUCACGGAAGGAUACAAGGUUAUACACUGUUCCGGGUAUUUAAAAUGCGUCAUGGAGGCUCCGCUCGGAACUGAAUAUGAAAAUGGUGUUGGUUAUCGUAACGUUGGUCUAAUGGCGGUCGGCCAUUCGCUGCCGACGAGUUCCAUUACCGAAAUUAAAUUGCACCAUAACAUGUUCAUGUUCAGAGCGUCCCUGGAUCUCAAACUUAUAUUCCUUGAUGCAAGAGUAGCUCAAUUAACAGGAUAUGAUCCCCCGGAUCUAAUUGAGAAAACGUUAUACCACUAUGUGCACGGAUGCGACAUCUUCCAAUUACGACACGCUCAUCACGUUCUGUUACGAAAAGGGCAGGUUACAACGAGGUACUACAGGUUCCUGACGAAGAGCGGCGGCUGGGUAUGGAUGCAGUCGUACGUGACAAUCGUGCACAAUUCGCGAAGUUCGCGACCGCACUGUAUCGUGUCUGUGAAUUAUGUGUUGACGGGCACCGAGAACACGGGAUUGAUUCAGAGCUGCGAGCAGAAGUCAUUAUCCUGCUCGAGUCCAGGAAAUCCGCCGAGCGCUCCCGUGUCGACGCCCGUCACGAUUGGUACGAGCGACCUGGACAAUCACAGCCCGAGCCCGCCUUCUUACCGCAGGACCAAAGAGCCACCUGACACCGAAUACGCCGACAGUUCCGGCUAUCCCAAUUCAGAAUACCUGGUGGGUUCGACCAAUCACAACCAUUACCUGUCGUCGUCGCCGUACGCGUCGCACAGUAUUAAUGGUGCUGCCCACGAGGACAGUGCUUACUACAGUCCAGAUUUGUUCUACCAGUACAGUGACCUCCACCAAGACCCCGUGAACACCCUGCAGCAUCAAGAAACGCAUCAUCACCAGCUUCUCCACCACGCCACGUCCCUAACUAUUCAGCAGCACAGCCCGCAGAACAAUCAGCAGAAACGACAGCAUCCCCAACAUCUGUUGCAUCAGAGUGCGACUUCUUUGACGUCCCUCGAACAGCAACAGCAACAGCAGCACAGUCCGCAGAGCGGCCAACAGAAGCGACCUUACUCGACGUCCUCGAGCUCCUGCGGUAGCGUCGACGGACUGGAAGUGCACUUGACGAAUUCCCUACUGCCAUCGAGGUACCACUCGUCUCAUCAUCACCAUCACAUGCCGCCGGACUCGACGUCGUCGACGACGUCGACGUUGAAUGAAGCUGGCGGCGUCAUCAUGUAUCCAAACUGCGGUUUUAACAACAACGAUAGCUAUAACGCCGCGGCACUUCAGCACCACGAUGGUUACCAACAAAAUCACCCUCAGGCUCACCAUAGCAACGGAACGGUCAAGCACACGCAUCAUCACCAUCAUCUGGAAGCCUCGUCAGCCGGCUAUACCAGCGUCAUCGUUGACUCUCAGCAGUACAGUCCUAGCACCGUAUCCCAGGAGCUGCAUGCGCACCAGACGGCGUCGGUGAGCGGCGGCACGCCGCCGCUGCACCAUCAGUCUCAUUACGAAACCCAUCAUCAGUUUGUUCACUGACAUCAAUUCGAGGUGCCCUGCGCGUAGCACUUCGACGCCGCUUGUGAAGACGACGCGUGCGGGCAUCAUCAUCGUCAUCAUCAUCAACAGCAGCAGCGUCAUUGCGUAAUGUCAGAGUGUGGAGGAGAGCAGUAUGCUGGACAUCAGACGAAUAACGAACCUUACAAUCCUACUGGGUCUCAUGUUACCUACAUCACACCCUACAAACGACUAUGGAAAAUGGAGGAACGAAGUAUCGCGACCCUAAGAGGUAAUUCGUAAUUGCUACUAGAAAGUUAUUGCCCUAAAGUGAUAAUAUUGUUAUUAGCUAUUAAAUGUUACGAAAAAUUCUCGUCUUUACAUUAAGCUUCUUUCGACGCACGUGUCGAAUUAAUACGUUACUAUCUAGAUUUUUAUCUGCAUGCGGAAUUAGUAAAACUAAUUGUCGCACGAGUUCGAUAAGAAGAUAAUAAAAUAUUAUUUAAACAUUUCUUUUUUUGUGUGAUAGAUGCUUUCACGUAAAGAAAAAGAGUUACGGCAGAUCGACGUUUCGUUUGUGAGAUAAGCUUCGGAAAGUAUGUAUGUAUCUGUGUGAAUGAUAAAAAAAAGCGUAGAAAUACGCUGAAAGGUCACCACGUUCUGACAAGAGCUAAGGACUGAAAGAUCACGUUACCAAUAAAAUCUCGAUGAUGCGACAUGGACAGCGGUGGUCAAAGAAUCGAUUUGAUUUCAACAUUCUCUGGAAUAACAGUAAUAAAUGCUAUUGGAAUAAAGAUAUGACGAUGACGAGGAACAAAACGAUACUGUUAUCGUUAUUUUCUUAGAUAAUUUGAAUGUUAAUUUUAAAUCUAUUAAAAUUUGUUGGAAUCAAUCUCACUUGUAAUAUCAUUAGGAUAUGAAGAAUGUGAUUUCAAGAUUAAUAAUUCCAAUUAUUGAUAUAAGAAAAAUGAUUAUGUCAGUAUUAUAAUCACUUAAAUUCGGGUACGCUAGCCAAGUUAUUGCAAGGAAAAAUGUAUGAAGAUUAAAAAGUUGUUAAUUUGAAAAUAAUCAUCAACUCCUUUAUACGUGCUUCGUGUCACAUAUCUCGAGAUGAGACAAUAAUAAUUCGCGAUAUCGUAAUCCAAUUUCACUUAAGUACUUCACAAUAAUGAUCGGACGUUGCGAGCAUCGUGUAGGAAAAAGUUAAGAAUAUUUUAUACGCGCUGGACGCGUAUCUCCUGAGGAUUCUACGAAAAGUAAUUCGGCAAGAAGACAUCGGGCGUGAAAUAUUAAUUAAUAUUCGUUUGAAUUUGAUAUGAAUUGGAAACAAGAACAAAAAUAUAUAUCGAUUUUCAUAGACUUCUCAAAACUCCGAGAAAUCGGAUGUCGGAAUUCUAUAUAAAAUUUAUUUAUAUUUUAAAAUAAUUCUAAAUAAAUUUUAAUAUAUAUACAUAGUAAAUUAAUAUACAAACGUUCCAGAAUUUGUACAGUAAAAUGCACAGUGCAAUUGUCUACGCCAGAAGAAGCAACUUUUUCCUCAGGCAAAAUGGUAUUUAAUUUUUUAAUUAAGUUCGUAAUUUUGCCAAAAAGGAAAAAGUUAUUUCUUCUGACGAAAAAUCGCACUGUGCGUUCCAUGCGCACAAAUUCUGGAAUACGUUCUGUAUAUUAAAAUAAUUGUACAUUAAAUAUAAAAUAUUAAAUAAAUUUUUGUUUCACAGAACUCUGAUGAGUAACAUCAUCAAAAUCGGCUUGACAGAUCGAAAAAAAGAUACAUAGCAAAAUUGAAUGGUUUUAUUAUAGUUAUUCUAAUUUUAUGCGUCAUUGUUAGAUAUUUAUAUGCAUGUAUGCAACUGCAAAAAAAUUUGUUUUCUGUAAUAAAAGUAUAAAAAUAUAAAUAACAUUUUUAAUAAAUUUCAAAUUAAAACAGCUCUAAACCAAUAAUUAAUCUGUAAUAACAAAAAUAACUGAUAAGAUGAGCACUCGCUCUCUAUCUUAAGCUGGAAUCACAAAAUGCACAAUUUCUUGAAUGAUUAGCUUGCAUAUCGCUGUGUUUGCUCUAAUGCAUGUUGGAUACUUUAUCGCUUGUGAACGUAGAUGCACAACAAAAAGCACAGACAAUAAGAACAAAAAAUAAAGAACUUUUUAACAUAUUGAAUAAGAAAAACUUAUAAAAUGUUUCUUGUUCAACAUAUUGAUCUCUUAUUCUCUGUUCCUAUUGCUUGUGUUCUUCAUCACUGACGAAGACUUUUUAAUGGAGGGUAUGAAUCUUUCCACACCCCCAAAGCUCCUGCUGGUGCAGCGGGUGUAAAAUUCUACACCCAAAAUUCGGAGUAUUUUUAUUUUUAACUAAUUUUAAAAUUAGUCAAAAAUUUUUAAAAUAUUUUAAUUUUUGACUAAUUUUAAGAAAUUUUAAGAGAUUUAACAAAAACCAGUAUUUGAUUAGGGUACUCACGUUGCACAUUCAAUAACAAAAAAUAAAAUACUUGAAUGUUAUUAAAACCACUCUCCCCCUCCCCCUUGAAUGAGGUACUCCACACCCAGAAAAGUCAAAAGUUUCCAUCCCUACUGUUCAUUAUGCAUCCAGCUUCAUAAUGGACGAGUCCAUGCCGGUAAAGCAAUUGGACCUACUUAUCGAACGAUUGAACAUGAUUGGUCAAGAUCUACAGGUAAGAAUCUACAGGUAAGAAUCAUGUCCAAUCGCUCGGCAAGCAAGUCUAGUCUUGCUUUACCAAUCUGAAUCCCCGCAGUUUUUUUAUAUUAUCUUGUCAGCAGCAAAAUGAUUGUACUAAGCUUUUUUAAGGUCUCACGAGUGGUACACUUUGUGAGAGUUGUAUGUGUUUUAUUUGUAAAACAUAAUACUUUUUUUUAUGGAGAAUAAAGCACUACAUUGAUAUAAAAAAAAAAUGGAUUUUUAAAAACACAAAAAGUUAGAGUAAAACCAUUCGAUUUAAUCUUAUGUACCUUCUUCCAUAUCACAAUACGUUUUGGCGGUGUAGUCGCAUGAAAGUUCUGUGGAACAUUCUGUAAAUAAAUUUUGUAUAGUUUUAUAUUAGCCAUUUUCAUCCCUUCAAUUUUUGAAUUGCAAGUGUUGAAACAAGAUAUUCAAAUAUUAAACAAUAUACUAAUCAGGCUAUUAGCGUUGUUGCUAUACCAUUAAGGCGAGACAUCUCUCGAAUGUAACACUAUGUAAAUACCGUAGACGUAAUUAUUCUAAUUGAUUAUAUACAUAAAAUGUAUAUAUAUAUAGUAGCACUUACAUCGAUCCGCAAAGACUGACCGGUGCUUGUGCCAAUCGACCAAAGAAAUUUACGCUCUUUUUAUCGAAGAAUUAGUAUUAUAUUUUUAAUCGCGCUUAUUUAAGUAUGCGUAUCCAGAGGAGCAAGUAUAUACUGUAUAUAUCUGUAAGUGCGUAGCGUAAAACCCAAUGUACUUUGACCAUCGCGGGAUAUUUUAUUACGGAUAGAAAUUAACAUGUCUUAGACCGUGUAAUCAACAUGCUUGUAUAAUCGGCAUCAAAGUGAAAACUCGAAACAAUAACUUCUUUUUUUUUUAACGCAAGUACUUCAAGACUUAAUGGUCAUUUAGAUUAGAUCUCAGAUACUUCUUGUGUGAUUUUAUACGCAUUUUCAAGUUCUUUUUUAAAUACUUCUUUCCAAACGUGAGAAAAAAAAAUUGUCUCGCCAUUUUAACGCCGAAUAUACACGCAUAACGCAGGCCUGAUUAUUUGUAUUAAUGUAAAGUGUGAGAUUUCGUAGCGAGGAUAACGGCAAUGUCCGUGUCAAUCAUUGUAAAUAUUGUAAAAGUAUAAUUACAUACGUACAUACAAGAAAGUAUAUCAUAUUUUCUUCUGAAAAA